UGUAGGCGUGCUGGGAAUGUCUAUACAGGUAUAGUGUUGUGAUCCGCUUCUCGGAUCACAUCUUUUGUCUGUUUUUUGAGUCCUUUUUGGUUUUUUGAUUGUUUGGACUAUUCCGGUGCUUAGAUUGUGUGUGCACUUCCUGUUUUGGUUACCAUGGUUUCUGAUUUGUCCCAGCUGCUCUUGUUUUACCGCACGGGUGUCUUGAUUGUUACUUUAGUAUUCAAGCCUGCAUUCUACCUCAGUUCGUCCGUGGUUCGUCAUUUGUUACACGCAACAUAUAGCUGGUAAACAAGAUUGCCUUUUUGUGACUGAAUACUUCACCCGGACGCCUCGUAAGCUCAGUGCUUUUAACUCCUUCGCGAGUGUGGAGUUGUUCCACUUCAAUGUGCCUGAGGACACCCUGAUGGCCGUCUGGAACCUCAUUACUUUCAAGGAACAAGGGGGCACCUUUGGGGACAGCUGCCCCGAUCGCAACGUGACCGUAUACUUCAGGUCUGGCGCUCCACCGGUAAUUAACCCUCUGAACACUAACUUCCCUCGGGAUACGGUCAUACCAGGAUCCUUCGCUGUCACUCUGACCUGGACACUUCCGAAACGCAACACGGGGGCGUUCAACGUGACCAGCCCGCUCCCUGGGGACUGGUUCUUGGCUGCACAUCUACCUAAGGAUGAAGGAAAGAUCUCAGUCAAGGGUCUGUCUGAGGAAUGCCAGUACCUGUUCCAGCCCCAGCUCAUCGUCCAGAGGCUGAUUGGGAUCUCGCUGCUCUACCCAGGCUACUUCAUAGACCAGAUGAUCCCUGCACACAACAGAUCUGCUCUCUAUAAAGUGUUCGUUCCCAAUUACGUAUCCAAAGUCAGAGUUCAGCUGGUGAACUGCGGCAUGAAGGACAAAAGCAACGACACUUCUUGCCCCGUGGUGUUGAAGAUGCGAGCGCGGGCGCCGCCUGUGCACAACUCAAGUGCCCUCGACUGCAGGGAGUGGAACCCUUGUGAGUUGGAUGCCUCCGUGCCGGCGUGGGAACAAUGGUACUACAUCCUGCUGGAGAGAUACAACGCCAACGCCAACGUCUACUUUCGCAUCGGAGUGCAGGUCACAGACUGCACCAAGUCCAACACGUCCAAGGAGCAGUCGGAGGCGCCUGGCUCCUCCAUGAACAUGCCACAGUCUUUUGGCACGGCCAUGGCGUUCUCCUUGUCGGACACCCUCUCCAUGGUGGCGCCGUCCCACAAUGCCACUCAGCUGCACACCUCAGGGGACAGCGUGGUGUACCUGGCCACGCCCACCGACACUGACAAGUGCUGGCCUAUCCGCCCGACUCUGCGCAACGAACUGGACACCUUCUCCGUGCACUUUUACGUCUUCUUUGGUCCAAAUAUAUCCGUGCCGCCCGACAAGGCGGCCGUGUUCGCCAUCAACUUGAUGCCCGCCUUGGACAGUGGUGGCGUUCUCAACAUGGAGCUGAAACUCAACAUGUCGACGCUGAAAGACAAGAAUGUCACCGUUUUUGGGUGCCUGACCCACGGGAUGCCGCUCUUCUUCUGGCAGAACUCGUCAUCGAAAUGUGAAUCAGAAUCUGUGGCCGGGUUUUUCCUCUCCGUGAACACUUCGACCAACAUCACCAAACUCAGGAUUCCGUACCCACAAACGGGCACCUGGUACCUUAGUCUGCGCUCAAUGUGUCCCACAAAACACGGUUUGGAGGCGUGCGCUAACAUCACUGCGGAGGUGUACAUGCGCGCGUACCUGACUCCAUGCAUCAACGACUGUGGCACGUACGGACAGUGCAAGCUGCUGCGGACCAACAACUACCUGUAUGCUGCCUGUGAAUGCAAAGCAGGCUGGGAAGGCUGGGGAUGCACAGACAACUCUGAGGCCUACUCCUACAGCUUCCAGCUGCUCUCCACCCUGCUGCUGUGUCUCAGCAACCUCAUGUUCGUGCCGCCUGUGGUCAUCGCAGUGCGCAGCCACUACCUGCUGGAGGCCUCCGUCUACAUCUUCACCAUGUUCUUCUCCACUUUCUACCAUGCGUGCGACCAGCCGGGCAUCGUGGUCUUUUGCAUCAUGGAGUAUGACGUCCUGCAGUUUUGCGACUUCCUGGGCUCGCUCAUGUCCGUGUGGGUCACCGUCAUCGCCAUGGCCAGGCUCAAGUCCAUCAUCAAACAGGUGCUUUAUUUGCUGGGAGCCAUGUCCCUCUCCAUGGCUUUGCAGCUGGACCGUCACGGUCUGUGGAACCUGCUGGGACCGAGUCUCUUUGCCCUGGGCAUCAUGGCAGUGGCUUGGACGGUGCGCACAGUCCGCCGACGGCGAUGCUACCCGCCCACCUGGAAGCGCUGGGCCUUCUUCCUCUUCCCGGGCACGGCCAUCGCCACAUCGGCCGUGGCGCUCUACGCCUUCGUGGAGACGGAGGAGAACUACUUCUACAUCCACAGCAUCUGGCACAUGCUGAUCGCCGGCAGUGUUGGUUUUCUGCUGCCGCCUCGCGCCAAGCCCGACGCCAAGGUGACGCCGUUGAAGCGCCGGCGAGGCUGCGGCUACCAGCUGUGCGUCAACGAGCACGAGGAACUGGGCCUGGUAGACCCGGCCAUCAUCACCAUAAACAGCAUCUGCACCAGCUGAUAGACUCCACCCCCUCACACUCACUCCUGUUACCUUACUGACACUCCAUUGCCUUCUUUUACUCGGACGUUCACUCACGGGAAGACAAGCCACGCAACUUGAACAAUACUUUGAUAUCCCCGCUAAGCCACGCCCUCCCCGCUGUUUACACGCCCUUUGACUGGCGUCCAAAAAGAUUUACGUUGUGCCGAGGUUAAAGGUUACUUUAGGACGCACGCUGAUGUUCUGGAAAAGUGGGCUUGAGAGAACAACUGGCCCUUUGAUUGAAGUCCGUCAUUACGCGCAGCAAGCCUGAAAUGUGGCGCUUUCCUGGCAAAUCUCCCAUCCUCGUAAGUACGGAGAGAAAUUGGCCUCUUUUAUGCAACCAAACGAAAUGUUUGCAACCAAAACUUGUUUUUGUUUCUUUUUUUUUGAUUACAAAGUAUAUUUGGGGGGUUGGAAAUCAAUUUUUUUCAAUCACAUUUUUCUCCGUACUUGUGUUUUAAGAAGAAAACGAUUUUCAACACAAAAAAUGGAAUAGGAAUUUAAAAAAAGAAACAAAAACAAGCUAUGCUUGCAAAUAUCCAAUUUGUUGGGUUGAAUAUAAUUUUUAAGACAAAUAUGCAGAGAAAUGUGUGUCUUUUAUGCAACCAAAACUUGUUUUUGUUUAUUAUUUGAUCCUAGGAGCUAUGUUGUCCGGGGGCAUAAAGCCCCCUGGUAGGGUUUCCCAAGGCAAACCGGUUCUAGGUGAGGGUUCAGACAAAGAGCAGCUCGAAGACCUUUAUGAAGAUGAAAAACCAUGGACCCAGAUUUCCCUCGCCCGGACGCGGGUCACCGGGGCCCCCCUCUGGAGCCAGGCCCGGAGGUGGGGCACGAUGGCGAGCGCCUGGUGGCCGGGCCUGUUCCCAUGGGGCCCGGCCGGGCACAGCCCGAAGAGGCAACGUGGGUCACCCCUCCAAUGGGCUCACCACCCAUAGCAGUGGCCAUAGAGGUCGGGUGCAUUGUGAGCUGGGCGACAGCCGAAGGCAGGGCACUUGGCGGUCCGAUCCUCGGCUACAGAAGCUAGUUCUUGGGACGUGGAAC